AUGGAUUGGAAUAAUAAUGGCAGCACUAGAUCCUUUGUUCCUCGACCUGAUUCUUCUUUCAGCUUCCUCUACAACUAUACCUACACCAACCCUUACCCAGGAAUAGAAAUGAAACAAGGAGGAUCAUCAGCAAUGGUGGAGGGUCCAUCAUCAUCAACAACAUUAUCAAUGGAGAAAAUGAACAGCAACAGCAACAACUUAAUGAUGGAGAAGAAAAAGAGGCUAACAAAUGAACAGCUGGAGUCACUAGAAAGAAGCUUCCAGAAGGAAAUAAAGUUGGAUCCUGAUCGGAAGAUGAAGCUAUCAAAGGAAUUAGGGCUUCAACCUCGCCAAAUUGCUGUGUGGUUCCAAAAUAGACGUGCAAGGUGGAAGGCUAAGCAACUUGAGCAUUUGUAUGAUUCUCUCAAACAAGAGUUUGAUCUCAUUUCCAAGGAGAAACAAAAGCUUCAACAAGAGGUAAUGAAAUUGAAGGGAAUACUAAGAGAUCAUCAAGGUUGUAGAACUACUCAGAUAUCAAAUUACACUGAAAUCUCUGGUGGAGGUGGUGGUGGUGGUGAUGAGACUACUGUAGAAAGCACUUCUGAGGCCCUACGCUGUUCCAACACCAACAAAUCAUCAUCAAUUUCAAGAGCUACUGCUUCCAUUGUUCAUAAUCAUAAUAAUAAUAAUAAUAAUGGAAAUUGCUCUUUCACUGUUGAAGACUACAACACUACAGUUCCACCAACAGUUCUUCCCUAUUGGCCUGCUGUUCCUUAUUACCCUUAA